CCCAAGAUCCUUCCUUGUGUACGAACAAAGACGAUGAUAUAUGUACACGUUUAGCUUUUCACCUACAAAAUCCAUGUUCAGAUGAUUGUGUAGCGUCAAAGGUUUGUCCACACAUGUGUAGGAAAUGUUUUUAUUGCCUUGAUUGUUAUGAAGUUGACCAUCCAGACAACUGCACACAAACAACAGCUUGUAGUGAUGGGAAGGAAUGUUAUGGACUUGAAAAAUUGGGAUCAAACUUUAAAACUGCAGUUCAACUGGGAUGUAUUGACCGGAGUUUAUGUGAUCAACUACAAUCACCUUCGGGUCAUAUAUUUGGACGAAGAGAUUUCACUUUCUCUGGUGGAUGUUGCAAAGGAGAUAAAUGUAAUGCAAAUCCAAAUUCUAAAACAAUAUUAACUUCUACUACGACAACCACAGCUCAGCCACAUUGUUCAAAUCAUUAUCAUCGAUGCCCGAGUGGUUUUCUUCAGCAUGGCAAUAAUUGUUAUCUCUUUGGUAAUCAUAGGGUUACCAAAAAUGACGCUGAUAAAUUCUGUAGAAGUCAUUGCGCAGCCCUUUUUUAUAUUCACUCUAACUCUGAAUUUUCUGCGUUCGCACAAUACCAACACAAUGGAUAUAUAGACGUGUUUACGGGCUUGGUAAGAGAUCAUCAUCAUGGGUGGAUUUGGAGUCAUGAUGGUUCGCCGAUCCAGCACUCCGUGGUAACUGGUUACUCAUUCUUUAAUCAACAUGUAACUGGACAAACAGCGAAAAAUUGUGCCACAGCUAAUUACCAAUACAUCAAUAACAAUGGCCAUUACAGUUUAAGAGCAGUACCUUGUACAGAUUUACAUCAUCCGUUUUGUAAACUUGAAAUGGGAUAAUGGUGUUACUUAAUCAUUGCCUUUUGUAUUCAAAUUUCUUUGGUCAAUAAAAUAAUCCUAUGCAUC